CUUCAUCAUUACCCUCAUUAGGUACGGCGGCGGCGGCAGCGAACUGAAAAAAGAUUACGGAGAGGAGGAGUGUCGUGGAUUCGAUGGGAUCGUGCUCGGGACAAAGCGGUGGGAGCUACGAUCUCUCCUUCAAGAUCUUGUUGGUCGGCGAUCCGGUGUCGGCAAAAGUAGUCUCCUGGAGUGGAUUUUAAGAUCAAGCUGCUAACAGCAGGUGGAAAGAAAUUGAAGCUCACAAUUUGGGAAAUAGAUAAUGGAGGUCCCCUAUUCUUUUGGAAGAAGGAUCUGAUGUAAAGAGGAGCAUUUUAAAUCAGAAACCAGAAAAUCAGGCUCCUUCAAGUGGUGGUUGCUGCUCUGUCAAUUUUUUUUCUGGUCUCUAGAUCAAGGUCGUGCCAAGAAAGCAUGACUUACUUUCAUUCCUUUGGCAACUAGAACGCGAACAACUUGUGUACAUUAUAAUCUCUAUCAAUAUUUUUUCCCUAGUCUGUACAUCAAGAUCUAU